AAAAAAAAUGAAGCUUGAUAUACUGUCUAUCUAACAAACACUGUUGCAGUAAGCUUCUCCUAGUUCACAACAAUGGCGAUUUCCUCACCUCACACUCACACCCUUCUUACCCUUCUCAUUUUCUCUCUCCUCCAAACCCUGACCCUAUCCGAACUCCGAUCAACCGCUAUCCGAUCCGACUCACGACCCAUCAUUCCAUUCGACGAAUUCGGGUUCACCCACACUGGGAAACUCGACCUCAACGUCACCCUCCUCUCUCUCCGCCUCCAACAAAAUGACCAAACUACCCUCCCGGAGAACCCUAAAAUCAACCCUAACGACCUCUCCCUUGUCGGCUUCUUCCUCUGUACUCGCGAUUCUUGGUACCAUGUCGUCGAUAAGCUGGAUCAAAACGACAUCGUUUGCGCCCUUCAAUCAGACCUAAUCAAACCGGUUUUCUCCUUUGACCGUCUUAACAAUGGCGGGCAUACCCACUUUAAUCUCUCUCUUCAAAUGUCCGACCCUAAUCUUUACACCCUAAUUUUCGCCAAUUGCAUCCCUAAUCUUCAUGUUUCAAUGGAUGUUCACUCUUCUAUGUAUAAUUUAGAAGGUAAAUCGUCAUUAAUUCGUGAUUAUCUUUCCGCUGGUAAGUCUAAUCUCCCCUCAAUUUACUUCAAUUUUGCCCUAAUUUAUUUUUCCCUAAUUUUUAUAUGGGUUUAUACCCUUUACUCAAAUAGACAAGUAAUUUAUCAAAUUCAUUUCUUUAUGCUUGCUGUUCUUAUUUUAAAGGGGUUGAAUUUGUUAUCUGAAGCUGAGGAUAAAUCUUACAUAAAAAGAACUGGGACUGCUCAUGGUUGGGAUGUUUUGUUCUACAUUUUUAGCUUUUUAAAGGGAAUUACUUUGUUUACUUUGAUUGUGUUGAUUGGAACUGGAUGGUCGUUUUUAAAACCCUUUUUACAAGAUAAGGAGAAGAAGGUUUUAAUGAUUGUGAUCCCACUUCAAGUAGUUGCAAAUGUAGCUCAAGUUGUGAUUGAUGAGACUGGACCGUAUGGUGGGGAAUCGUAUGCUUGGACGCAAGUUUUCUUGCUCGUAGAUGUCGUUUGUUGUUGUGCCGUGUUAUUCCCCAUUGUUUGGUCGAUUAAGAAUCUUAGGGAGGCUGCUAGGAGUGAUGGGAAGGCGGCGGUGAACUUGAUGAAGUUGACAUUGUUUAGGCACUACUAUGUUGUGGUGAUUUGCUAUAUUUAUUUUACGAGGGUGAUUGUUUACGGGUUGGAGACAAUCACGAGUUACCGGUAUCAAUGGACUAGUGUGGUUGCGGGUGAGUUGGGUACUCUUGCGUUUUAUCUGUUUACCGGUUAUAAUUUUAGGCCAAAGUCGUGUAAUCCGUACUUUGCUAUUGAUGAUGAGGAAGAAGAGGCUGCUGUUGAGAUGUUGAAAAUGGAAGAUGAUGAUGAUUUAGAGUUGUGAAAAGGGAAUUUUUUUUGUCACUCUUUUCCAACUGCUGUAGAGCUUUUGGUGGUGUGAGACUGUGAGGUGUGAUUGAGGAAGUAGUGAGGUACAACUUUGAAAUGGGAUGAUCAGUUUUGUGCUGGUUUCUUUGCCUCCGAAACUGAGUGAUCAACCGGCUUCUAUAUAUGUUGGCAUUUGUAAUAUCGAUGUUCAUGUACUGUUUUUGCCAUAUACGAAGUACUUCGUAUCUAUUUGUGUUGUAACUUGUAAGCUAGAUAGUUUAUGUUGUUACACUAUAGUAGCAUCUAGCAUGUGUAAUGUGAGUAUUAGUACAGAAUUAUGUUUCCACUGAUCAAUAUGUAUAAAUGGAACUUACAGAUUCCAAACAUUCUUUUAUUCAUGGUUGUUGUUGUCCUUUUGUUGUGGAGGUUAGAAGAUCUUGCA